UGUGCAUCGAUUUAAGUCAGAGACGCAGUUGCUGCUGUCACAGUUGCUCCUGGAUUCUAAAUUGUGCGGAUCUCUUCUUCACACGGCAAACAUGGAUGUGAAACUGAUCGUAAUAUUCGCUCUGAUGGCGGUCGUCAUGCAUGCACCGGUUUUAAAUGCCAAGCCCAUUAGCCUGGUAGAGAGAUGCUGGUGCCGUUCCACAGUCAACACAGUCCCACAGAGAAGCAUUCGCGAGCUCAAGUUCCUCCACACACCAAACUGCCCCUUCCAAGUCAUUGCCAAACUGAAGAACAACAAGGAGGUGUGCAUUAACCCAGACACCAAAUGGCUGCAACAGUACCUGAGGAGUGCCAUGAACAAAAUGAAAAAAGCCCAACAACAGCAGAGCUAAGAAGUCUGCCAGAUGACAAGAGAAUCUGACAGCCCACCGUCACAGAUAUGUACCAUAUAGUCCUCUGGCAUGCUUGCUGACCCAGCACUUAACCUGCCAAAUAUGCAUCCCCAGUAAAUGACUCUGCAAAAGACCACCAGACCAUCAUCGCCACCCAUGUAGUCUCCUCUGUUAGCGCCAAGUGCAAUUAUAUAUGUAUGACUGUAUUUUUUUACGUAUGAUGUAUAUACAAUGUUUUUUAUAUAUCGUCUUAAAACAGUAAAGUGAUAUUUUUGGAGUCGUGUUUGCUCCUUGUUUGUUGGGUUAUGUUGGGUUAGGCAGAACGGCAUUGAGAUAUUUUGGAGCAAACAUUCAAAACUCUGAAAUAUAUUUUAAUCUCAGAUGUAAAAGAAUAUGUGGCUUCACUUUAGCAGGACUGAAGUUCUGACAAUUCAUAUGCAUGCAAGUGCUUUGACAGAAAAAUAAGGGCAUUACUAUUUCGUUAUGUAUUUUACUAGUUCAUAACUUAGACAUCUGUAACGGCAUAAACUGCAUGUAAACGUUAUAUGGCAUAUAAAAAAAGAGUCACUUGUUUCUGUUCUUGGAAAGGCAGGGUUACUUUGCAAAACAAACAUGAACCCAAAUGGUUAUUUGAAUGACUUUAUGUAAUAGGAAGGCAUUUAACACCAAUAGAAAGUCUUUUGCAACGUUCUGUAGAUACCAAAACAUCUGUGCUUGCAAAGGUUAAUUGACCGAUCAGAGUGUGCGUAAAGAGCUUGGUGUCACAAUAUACUAAAUAUUGCUCCACCUUCAGCAGAAUUAUGUCAUGAAAAGAAACAUUAGAAACGUCAGUUAACAAAGUAGAGGUUAGUGAAUUUAAAGCAGUGUUCUGUAAGUACUAUUGAGCUAAUUCAUUUAUUCAAUUAUGAAAAACUGAAUUUAAAGCAUGAUAAUCUUAAAAAAAAAACAGCAGUGUAAGUGGAACAUUUGAGGCAGAACUAAUUGAUUUAAUGACUACCUAUAUAUAACAUUGCACUUUAUAACCCCUUGUGACAUUGACAUUGUCCAUUACGUAGUGAAUAGUUCUAGUGACUAAUGUUUUCUGUGUUUAGACAUAGUUAUGACUGUAUUGCCAAAUUUAUUAAACAUCUGUAUCUUCAGCAUCAUA